AAUUUAAAAAAAAAAAACCCCCCCAUACUUGCUUAUGCCCGGCGCGCUGCUCCUCAAAUCUCUAAACAUACACAUACAUCGCCGAAUUCGGUGCCAAAUUAGUUUGUGAGCACAGGUAGGCAUAUGGCAACGCUGUCUAGGAGUUAAUACUGCCGAUGUCUUGCGAGCCAGCCGACGCGGGCCGUCUCCGCCGGGAGUCGGUGCUGAACCCCGUCACGGCGCUCGCCUUCUACACGUCGCCGGCCGACGGGCGGCAGUAUCUGCUCGCCGGGGAGGACGCCGACGUCGAGGUCUACGACGCCCGGGCGGCGCGCCGCCGCGGCGGCCGGCUCGCCGUCUUCCGCGACCAGGCCGUGCACGGCAUCGCGGUCGCCGCGGGGCACGGCGCCUCGCCCGGGGCGGGGGCGGGGGCGGGGGGCGCGCUCCCGGCCGUCCUCGUCUGGGGCGGGCACGCUGUCGCGGUGCUGUCGCGCGACGCCAUCGAAGCGGUCGUGGUCGGCGGCGCGCCGGGCCAGGCGCCGGCCGUCGCGGCGGCCCGCGCGCCGGACUGGAUCCUCGACGGGCGCAUCUCGCCGCUCGGCGACGGCCGCGUGGCCCUGCUCACGGCGCACAACGAGGUGAUCGCCGCGCGCGCGGACCGCCGCGGCGGCCUCGUCCUCGGCGGCGCGCGGUCGCCGUCGCGGCCCAUCCUGUACGCGGGCACGCUCGCCUGGUCGUCGGCGGACCACGUGCUCGUCGCCGCCGGCACGGUCUUCGGCGAGAUCAUCGUGUGGAGGUGCGGCCUCGCAGAGGCGGGGCGAGGAGGGGGGGAAACGGGGCAAGGGGGGGGGUGCGAGGUCCUGCACGUGCUCGCCGGCCACGAAGGCUCCAUCUUCGGCGUGCGCUUCUCCCCCGAGAUCCGGAUCCCGACGGGCGAGACCCUGAGGCUGCUGGCUAGCUGCAGCGACGACAGGACCAUCCGCGUCUGGGACGUGACGGAGAGACGUGCGGAGUCGGCGCGCCAGCGCGGGGAGAAUAGCGGAGCGGGGGGUGUGCGGGGAGGGUACGAAAGCCACAUCUCGGACGCGCGAGAGACCGGCUUCGGCCGUAAUGUCGAGGCCCCGCCGCGCGACGACGAUUCGACGAGGUGUCUGGCCGCGGCUAUGGGCCACGCGUCGAGGAUCUGGCAGGUCGAGUUCCAACCGAGCCAGCCGUCGUCGUCUCAGACCGCGAACACUAUAGAUCUCUAUUCCUUCGGCGAGGACGCUACCACCCAGAAAUGGAGCCUCCUCCUAGACCCGCAGCCGCCGACGGCAACCGAGCUCGGUGUCGAGAAAGCCGUCCCCGGGAGGGCGAGGAUCGCCGCUAGACUGACGCACCAGUCGACAUUCGCCAAUCACAGCGGAAAACAUAUAUGGUCUCACGCCAUGGUCGCUGCCGGUAGUGGCGAUCCUCUCAUUGCUACUGGCGGCGCUGACGGGAAGAUCGCCACGAUUGGGGGGUCGGGUGGCAGUCGAGAUGCGUCUGUUGACAAUACCUCGUAUAGAGGAGGAGGAGGAGGAAGAGGGGGGGUGGCCGCGUGGCCGCUCGCGGACGUCUUACGAUCUUGCCACUCGGGUAAUCCACCAGUGAGCUCUCGCGGGAAGCCGGGCGGCACACCCAAAAACGCGAAGGAGGGUUUCAACCGAUACACGUUCGUCUCGGAGAGGCGGCUGCUCGCCGCGACGAAUUCGGGCCGGGUGUUCGUCGGCACCUUCGACGACGCAGACGACUUGUCGUGGGCGGAGCUGGCGCUCCCGGACGAAAUCGGGCAGGUCGUGUUCUCGCACGCGCUGCCCGGGGCGGUAGAGGCCGGAUCGGUGGCUCUCAUCGGCGCAGCCAACGGCGACAUAUACGCCUACGCCGAGCCGGGCAGCCGGCCCCUCGAGGUGCUCACAAGGGUCGACGGGAAGGUUGCGGAUAUCUUCUGCCUCUCGAACGGGGCCUGUCCGCAAUUUCUCGUCACCAUGCUGCGCAGCGCGCGCGCCGUCAUCGUCCAGAUCGACGCCGAGGGCUCCGAUGCGGAACACGUCCAAGUCGCCCUCGAGGCCGGGUUUAUGGUUACCGCCGCGGCUUUCGCUCGCGAGCACCUCGCGCUGGGGUCCCGGAAGGGCGUCCUCGCCGUCUUCCGGCGCGGGGAGGACGGAAACUACGCACGCACGCUCGCCCUCGAGGUGCACCCGGACGAGGCGAUCACCUCGAUCUUGCCUCUGCGGAGCCGGGCGCGCAACUGCAUCUUGACCACGUACCGCGACGGAAAGUACCGGAUUCACGAGAUCGCCGCGGCGGCGGCAGACGAUCGGGACGGCGCCGCGCUGCAGCUGCAGCUGCUCCACGAGACGUCCCCGCCGUUCGCGUCGUCCGUCGAGGGCGCCUGGUUCGCCGGCGCGGCGGGCCCGAGGGACCUCAUGCUGUGCGGCUUCCGCAGCAACAGCUUCCUCGUCUGGAACGAGACGCGGCGGCGCGAGGUGGUCGCGGCCGUCGACUGCGGCGGGGCCUCGCGGAGCUACGCCUGGGCGCCGCUGCCGCCAGCGGCGGGAACAGGGGGAGGCGGCAGUGGCGACGGCGGCGGCGACGGCUUCCGCUUCGCGUUCACGAAGGCCGGGCGCGCGCACGUCUUCUCGCGGCGCCCCGCCCCGCGGACGACGCUGCGCGAGGGCGGCCACGGGCGCGAGAUCAAGGCGGCGAGCGCGUCGGCCUCGGGGCGGUACGUGGCGACGGCGGCGGAGGACACGGUGAUACGGAUAUGGGAGCGGCGCCGCGGCGGCAGCCGGCGGUUCCGCAGCGUGGCGGCGCUGGAGCGGCACGCGGCCGGCGUGCAGGCGCUGCGGUGGCGCGGCGACGAGUACCUGCUCAGCAGCGGCGGCAACGAGGAGUUCUUCGUGUGGCGGGUGCGGCGGCUCGGGGACGGCGACGGCGACGACCUCGCCGGGCUCGCCGUCGUAUGCGAGGCCGUGUUCGCGGACCGCACGGCGGCCGGCGACGCGCGCAUCACCGACUUCGACGUCGACGCCGCCAGCGCCACCGCGCCCCCCGCGUUCCGCGUCUCCAUGGCCCUGUCCAACUCGACCCUGCAGACGUACGCGUACGCCCGCGCGACCGGCUUCCGCCUCCUCGCCCGCCGCGCCUACACCGGCGCGUGCCUGACGCAGGUCCGCCACCUCGGCGCGUCGCACGUGCUCGCCGCCGCGACCGACGGGCACCUCGCGGUCUGGGCGCUGCCCGCCAUCGGCGGCGGCGCCGACGACGAGGACGGCGCCGCCAACCGCCCCGCCCUCGUCGCGCGCCUGCACCAGAGCACCAUCAAGGCCCUCGACGUGCGCCGCGUCCCCGCGGCCGCCGCCGCGGCCGCCUCCGAGGCGUACCUCGUCGUCACGGGCGGCGACGACAACGCGCUGGGCUUCGCGCUGGCGACCGUAGCAGCAGCACCGCCGGCGCCUCGCCCCCCCUCGGCUCCCGGCGCGCGGCCGCGCGCGGCCGUGGCGCUGACGAGGCGAUGCGUGGUCCGCGCGGCGCACGCGGCGGCGACGACGGGCGUGGCGAUCGCCCGGCUGGGGCGCGCGGGCGACGACGCGCUGGUGGUCUCGGCGAGCAGCGACCAGCGCGUGCGGGUCUGGCGGCUGCGGGGCUGGCGGCCGGACGGCGGCGGCGGCGGCGCGCCGAGGGCCCAGCUGCUCGACGAGCGGUACAGCUCCGUCGCCGACGCGGGCGCGCUCGAGGUGUUCGGGGAAGACUCGGGGCGCGACCGUGCCGACGGCCGGCAGGAGAAGGCUGCCGUCGUCGUCGUCGUCGUCGCCGGCGUGGGCAUGGAGGUCUGGGAGCUGGACGUGCGGUGAGACGGGAGGCUCUCGAGUAGGAGAUACACGCGCGGGAUCUGUUUGGGCGAAGAGCCCGGUAUCGAGUAGAGGGCCGAGGGUGCCCGCGAGGACGGGGUCUGCGUCCUGCUUUCCUCGCGUCGCGCCCCUGUCUAUUAUUUACUGCGCUCUUCUGGACGGGCCAGGCCGCGACGUCUGAGAUCACCGGGGCUACCUACUACUACACCCGCAACUAACCUCGGGCUCAGGUCUACUUGCUCUACUACGACCCAGCCUCGGGGACGGGACCGGAGCGGGGAUACGUAUAGCUGCCGAAUUU